CCUAGAAUCAUCACCUUUUUCAAAUUUCUAUGUGAAAAAUGUCUGGUCGUGGAAAGGGAGGCAAGGGAUUGGGAAAGGGGGGAGCCAAGAGGCAUAGGAAGGUUCUAAGAGACAAUAUACAGGGUAUCACUAAGCCAGCUAUUCGCAGGCUUGCUCGUAGGGGUGGUGUGAAGCGUAUCUCUGGUCUCAUCUAUGAGGAGACCCGUGGUGUGUUGAAGAUCUUUUUGGAGAAUGUGAUUCGUGACUCUGUCACCUACACUGAGCACGCCAGGAGGAAGACUGUAACUGCUAUGGAUGUCGUCUAUGCUCUUAAGAGACAGGGAAGGACUCUCUAUGGAUUUGGCGGUUAAAUUGGGGGUUUAUGUUGGUGAUAUGGUGGUAAAUGUAGGGAUUUAGUUUACAAUUGCGUAUGUCUGUGUUGGAUAUCUGUAGUGCUGUUCUUAUGGCUUAGAUCUUGUAAUUUCUCAUUACAGUAUCAAUGAAUAGAUAUCAGUUUCUAGUGA